AUGCAACACAAGGACGUCCUGGUCAACAUUCCUGGCAAUGUGACCGCCGACUCUCUCUUCAUCGCCAACCACAUAAACCAACAGUUUGCUGCUGUGGCUCAAGGUCGACCUUGCCUAGACCCGACACUACUGCCAGCGUACAUGCCAUGCAGAGCCCCACCGCCAGAGGUCUUCCCCUGGGACGUUUACAACAUUUUGAGAAAACUGAAAGUGGGGAAAGCUCCCGGUCCUGACCAACUGAGUUCCCGAGUCCUGCGAGAGUUUGCCUGUGAGUUUAGUACACCUCUCGCAGACAUUCUCAACGCAUCACUGAAGGAAGGGUACGUGCCACAACAGUGGAAGGACGCGAUAGUAGUCCCGCUGCCAAAGUCACAGCCACCAUCAAUCAGUAAACUGCGUCCGGUGUCCUUGACCUCACAGCUUGCCAAAGUUGCUGAGACUUUUGUAUCUAAGUGGCUUCUACGGGACAUCCGACCGUCGCUUGACCCUCAGCAAUACGGAAGUCUUAAGGGGCGAUCAACCGCACAGUAUCUUGUCAGUUUGUUAGACUACGUGACCAAGGAAUCCGACAAACUGGGAAACAUUACGACCAUGGUCAUGACGGAUUUCUCAAAAGCGUUUGACAGAAUCGAUCAUACCAGUGAGCUUGACACGUUUAGUGACUGGGCCAAACUAAACCACAUGCUCCUCAAUGCGGAAAAGUGCCACUACAUGUACAUCGAAGCAUCGAGCCCACGGCAACAGGGAGAUAUCGCCCGUCUCGUAUCUCCGACCUAUCUGUUGCAUAGCGGGAGUCAGUGUCUUCUGUUCUGGACGCACAUGUAUGGGUUACAAACAGGUACGUUGAGAGUAUCUGUGAACGCUGGAAAUACGACGACUGAGAUCUGGAGCAGGUCUGGUAACCAAGGUAACCAGUGGUUCAGCGUCGCUGUGAGUAUCCCGGUCACCGGAAGUUACCAGGUCAUCUAUGAAGUGGUCAGAGGAAGUGGUGACCAGGGUGACAUUGCAAUAGAUGACGUCAGUAUCCUACAAGAACCCUGUCCAGAGGCAAACGCUAACACAUCGCUGUCCUGGUUUGACUUUUACGACGAAAAAGAGUUAGAUGGCAACACCUUUGACCAGAUCCCAGACAUUAGCGUGGAGGAGUGUGCGUUGCGGUGUUUAGUGGGAACCGAUGCUGUUUGGUCUGGAUUGUGUCAGUCGUUUGAGUAUGACCAUCAAGACGGUGCCUGUGUCCUGAGCAGAGCGAACAAGGACACACCUGGAGCAAUACUCUCUGAUAGUGACCCACGGUCGCGAUAUGACUACUACCACAGAAGAGACAGUCCCUACUCCUGUGAUUUCGAGGCAAACUUGUGUCGGUACACACAGGACACGACAGACGACUUUCAGUGGACACGGAACUCUGGUAGGACUAGAUAUUCCAGCACCGGUCCAACUGGCGACCACACCACUGGCUCAGGGUACUACAUCUACAUCGAUUCAACGUACCCACGACAACAGGGAGAUAUAGCCCGUCUCAUAUCUCCCACCUAUCGUUUGUAUCGCGGCAGUCAGUGUCUUCUGUUCUGGACGCACAUGUAUGGAUCAUCCACAGGUACGCUGAGAGUAUCUGUGAAAGCUGGAGGUACGACGACUGAGAUCUGGAGCAGAUCCGGUAACCAAGGUAACCAGUGGUUCAGCGUCGCUGUGAGCAUUCCGGUCACCGGAAGUUACCAGGUCAUCUUUGAAGGGGUCAGGGGAGGAAACGCACAUGGUGACAUUACUAUAGAUGACGUCAGCAUCCUACAAGGAGCUUGCCCGGAUGUAGAUGAGUGUGUUCGGAGAGAAGGCAGGGGAUCAUGUGACCAGAUCUGCACCAACACUGUGGGUGGUUUCUACUGUUCCUGUUAUACUGGGUUUACUCUUCAACAGGACAACCUCACCUGCAAUGAAGCGAGGACGUCCUGGUUUGACUUUUACGACGAAAAAGUGCUGAGCGGCCACAACACUGAGCGGAUAGAAGGCAUUCACUUGGAGGAGUGCGCUGGACGGUGUUUGGUGGGAACCUCUACUGUUCCGUCUGGAUCGUGUCUGUCAUUUGAUUAUGACCACCAAGGCGGCGGUGCCUGUGUCCUGAGUACAGCAAACAAGGACACGUCUGGAGCAGUAUUGUCUGAUAGUGACCCGCCGGAGCGAUUUGACUACUACCACAAAAGAGACAGCCCCUACUCCUGUGCUUUCGAGACAGCCAACCUGUGUCAGUACACACAGGACACGACAGACGACUUUCAAUGGACGCGUCACUCGGGUUUGACUGGGUCUUCUAACACCGGUCCAACAGGCGACCACACCACUGGUUCCAGCUCAGGUACGUUGAGAGUAUCUGUGAAAGCGGGAGAUACGACGACUGAGAUCUGGAGUCUCAGAUCUGGUAACCAAGGUAACCAGUGGUUCAGCGUCAAUGUGAGCAUUCCGGUCACCGGAAGUUACCAGGUUAUUUUUGAAGGGGUCAGAGGAAGUGGGGCCUAUGGUGACAUUGUAAUAGAUGACGUCAGUAUCCUACAAGAAGCCUGUCCAGGUAGACAAACAGAACUUAAGUCUUCUCACAAAGGCAAAUCCACAUGUGUACACAUGUUACAUUUGGUUGUGUCUCUAGUUGCUAUUUCAGGAGUACAAUGUCCGGCACUCGCAGUUCCAGACAACGGAGUGCUGAAUGGCGGGAACUCCUAUCAGGACGUGGUCCAGUUUACCUGUAACCAUGGAUACCAGCUGAUAGGAGAAUCCAGCCGGACGUGCCAGGCUGACGGGACAUGGACUGGAGCGGCCCCGACAUGCAUCGGAGUACAAUGCUCGACACUCACAGCCCCAGAGAACGGUGCCGUGAAUGGCGGGAACUCCUAUCAGAACGUGGUCCAGUUUACCUGUUACCAUGGAUACCAGCUGAUAGGAGAUUCCAGCCGGACGUGCCAGGCUGACGGGACAUGGACUGGAGCGAACCCGGCAUGCAUCGACAUAGACAGUUGUUCGCCGAACCCCUGUGUCACGCGGGCCCAAUGUACUGACGUCAUUGCCCCGGGUACAGGAUUCAGGUGUACCUGCGGGACUGGAUAUGUGGGAGAUGGACUUAAAAGCGGAACUGGAUGUACAGAUUCCAACGGAUGUUCACCGAACCCAUGUGUCAGCCAGGCCUCCUGUGCUGACGUCUCAGCCCCGGGUACAGGAGCCACAUGUACGUGUGGGACCGGAUAUGAGGGAGAUGGUCGUCAAGAUGGAUCUGGAUGUUCAGACAUCGACGGUUGUUUACCGAACCCAUGUGUUACCCAGGCCAGUUGUGCUGACGUCAUUGCUCCAGGUACAGGAGCUACAUGCACCUGUAGGGCUGGAUAUGUGGGAGAUGGACGGAAUGACGGAACUGGAUGUACAGAUAACAACGGAUGUUCAUCGAACCCAUGUGUCGCCCUGGCUUCUUGUACUGACGUCCCAGCCCCAGGUGCAGGAGCAAUUUGCACGUGCGGGACGGGAUAUGAGGGAGAUGGUCGUCAUGAUGGAAUUGGGUGUUCAGAUAUCAACGGAUGUUCACCGAACCCCUGUGUUGCCCAGGCUUCUUGUGCUGACGUCUCAGCCCCGGGUACAGGAGCUAUAUGUACCUGUGGGACCGAAUAUGAGGGAGACGGUCGUAAAGAUGGAACCGGAUGUUCAGAUAUCAACGGUUGUUCACCGAACCCAUGUGUCAGUCGGGCCUGCUGUGCUGACGUCCCAGCCCCGGGUACAGGAGCCACAUGUACCUGUGGGACUGGAUAUGAUGGAGAUGGUCGUCAAGAUGGAACUGGAUGUUCAGACAUCGACGGUUGUUUACCGAACCCAUGUGUUACCCAGGCCAGUUGUGCUGACGUCAUUGCUCCAGGUACAGGAGCUACAUGUACCUGUAGGGCUGGAUAUGUGGGGGAUGGACGGAAUGACGGAACUGGAUGUACAGAUAACAAUGGAUGUUCAUCGAACCCAUGUGUCGCCCUGGCUUCUUGUACUGACGUCCCAGCCCCGGGUGCAGGAGCAAUAUGUACGUGCGGAACGGGGUAUGAGGGAGAUGGUCGUAGAGAUGGAACUGGGUGUUCAGAUAUCAACGGAUGUUCACCGAACCCCUGUGUUGCCCAGGCCCGUUGUACUGACGUCCCAGCCUCGGGUACAGGAGCCACAUGUACCUGUGGGACCGGAUAUGUGGGUGAUGCUCGUAAAGAUGGAACUGGAUGUUCAGACAUCGACGGUUGUUUACCGAACCCAUGUGUUACCCAGGCCAGUUGUGCUGACGUCAUUGCUCCAGGUACAGGAGCUACAUGUACCUGUAGGGCUGGAUAUGUGGGGGAUGGACGGAAUGACGGAACUGGAUGUACAGAUAACAAUGGAUGUUCAUCGAACCCAUGUGUCGCCCUGGCUUCUUGUACUGACGUCCCAGCCCCUGGUGCAGGAGCAAUAUGUACGUGCGGAACGGGGUAUGAGGGAGAUGGUCGUAGAGAUGGAACUGGGUGUUCAGAUAUCAAUGGAUGUUCACCGAACCCCUGUGUUGCCCAGUCUUCUUGUGCUGACGUCCCAGCCUCGGGUACAGGAGCUAUAUGUACCUGUGGGACCGGAUAUGUGGGAGAUGGUCGUAAAGAUGGAUCCGGAUGUUUAGACAUCAACGGAUGUUCACCGAACCCCUGUGUCACCCAGGCCUCCUGUGCUGACGUCCCAGCCCCGGGUACAGGAGCCACAUGUACCUGUGGGGCGGGAUAUGAUGGAGAUGGUCGUCAAGAUGGAACUGGAUGUUCAGACAUCGACUCUUGUUUACCGAACCCAUGUGUUACCCAGGCCAGUUGUGCUGACGUCAUUGCUCCAGGUACAGGAGCUACAUGUACCUGUAGGGCUGGAUAUGUGGGGGAUGGACGGAAUGACGGAACUGGAUGUACAGAUAACAAUGGAUGUUCACCGAACCCAUGUGUCGCCCUGGCUUCUUGUACUGACGUCCCAGCCCCGGGUACAGGAGCAAUAUGUACGUGCGGAACGGGGUAUGAGGGAGAUGGUCGUAGAGAUGGAACUGGGUGUUCAGCCCAUGUGUUGGCUUAA